UGCAGUAUCACAAACGAAACAAUAAGCUAAAGAUGGAAGGUGCUCUCAUUGCCAAGAGGUUGGAAGGGAAGGUAGCCUUGAUAACCGGAGGGGCUAGCGGAAUUGGCGAGACUACGGCAAGGCUAUUCAUUCAACAUGGUGCUAAGGUUAUCAUUGCCGACGUCCAAGAUGAUCUUGGUCACUCCAUUUGCCGCGACAUAAGCACUAGUGGUUACAUCUCCUACGUCCAUUGCGAUGUCACCAACGAAUCUGAUGUUGAAAAUGCUGUCGAAACCGCGGUCUCAAAGCAUGGGAAACUUGACAUAUUGUUCAGCAACGCAGGGAUUACAAAUGCUGAUGACGGCAUCUUGGACUUCGACUGCAAGAAAUUCAAUAAGGUAUUUAAUGUGAACGUCUUGGGGGGAUUCCUAGCAGCCAAACACGCUGCCAAAGUAAUGAUUCCAGCCAAAAAAGGCAGCAUUUUAUUCACAGCAAGCACUGCGUCAGUUAUACAUGGAGAAACCCCGCACAUCUACGCAGCGUCAAAGCAUGCGCUGGUGGGUCUGACCAAGAAUUUGUGUGUGGAGUUGGGCGAGUAUGGAAUUAGAGUUAACUGCGUAUCACCAUCCGGCGUGGCCACUCCUUUGCUAAGGAAUGUGUCGGGAAUACAAGACAAGAAGACGUUGGAAGACAUGAUAUGUUCCGCAGCAAAUCUGAAAGGGGUGGUGCUUGGGACAGAUGAUGUUGCAGAGGCAGCAGUGUUCUUGGCGAGCGAUGAGUCCAAGUACGUGAGUGGCCUCAACCUUGUCUUGGAUGGCGGUCAUAGCACCACCAACAAAUCAAUUAGGGACGGCAAAGAAAAGCAUCGUUCUUAA